GAGUUCACUCGUUCUACUUAUCUAUCUGUUGUGAUUGAUUCCCCCAUUCUUUCAAUAAAAAGAAAGAGUGAAUGAUUGAUAUUCUUGUUAAAGAUACUUGAUUAGGAUUCUCUCUCUUCUCCCUCUCUUUCCCCCCGCCCUCUCUCUUUCUAUCUCUCCUUUUUUUCUCUCUUUCUCGUGCAUUUUGUUCCUCUUAAAGCCUAUACCUUAUAUGGUGAGAGAACUGCACUGUCAUGGUCUAGGAGCAAUCAAUUGAUUUCCAGACUUCUUUCACUCCUUCUUUUCCUAGUCUACCACAGCCUUGCGAGGGCUUGGUUGACCAGCCAUCAUGCACGUCGGUGGCCUCCCCGUAUCGUCAGUCCAUCGGGCGGCUGCGACUCAAUGGCCAGAGGAACGCGAUCCUGGAGAGCGCCCCUCGACCAGAGGUUCGAAUGAGCACUCGGACCAUUCGGGCCACCUUCGAUCAAGAUCCACGGCACAUACCCAAAGCCCGAAGCGGUUGUCUGUAUUCAGCGCCCGGUCCCGAAGCAAUACCACGACAUCUACAACAUCCUCGCGCAGGUCUCCGGUCUCGUCCAUCACGUCAAUCGACGCCUCCUCAAUUCCGUCCACUCAUGAGGAACGCACAGGCUCGGCCUUUGGUUCUCGCAAUGAUAAGCAAGAAAGUGUGACAAAGUCGAUUCUCACUCGUGGAAGCCGCAUUCUCCGUCGUCAAGGGAGCAAGUUCAAUAUUGUUGCCACACUGGAUGAAGAAGACGAGGGGGACCGGGAAAGAUCCAAAUUCGAGGUGUCGGAGAUCUUCAACCGCAGCCACAAGUCUCGGCAGACCCAUGCCCAUGAACAAUUGAAGCGCCUGAUCUCCGAGCCUUUUGAUUUCCAUCACCUCACACACACCAGUCCCUCGCAGUUUCAAUCGUUGGACAGGGCUAGAGAGACGGAUUUGGUCACCGAGUUCUCCGUCAUUCGAGCCUCUCAGAGACCUGAAACAGCUCUCAAAGGCAUCCGGGCGGAGAAUCUUCACUCGCGAGAGUGUUCUUCCGAAGAUUUGACAAAAUAUGGAGUCGCUACUCUAGGGGAGGAAGCAUCUGUUGACCCUUCUGUUCCAUUGAGCCCGAGCCGUGGGACCUUUGCUACCCGGAGAGAUUCUGCUCGUGUAGUUGAGAACUUUUCGCGUCCUGGAACAAGGCAUGUGAAAUCUUUCCCCGCUCCUCCGAACACCUCCAAAUUAGCAGCUUCUCCCGAUAUUCCGGAACCUGCCCCGCGUGUCAUCGACGAAAUUCUGGGUAUGCGCGCACGACAGAUAUAUCCUGAAGAUGUUUAUGCAACAGAGAAACCCGCGGGGGCAGCUCCUCUAUCGCCUCUUAGCUUGGAAGCGAUGAUGUUUGUUGCCGAUGAAGAACCUAUUGGAACCGCUGCCUCUGACUGUGCCGGCACAACAAGGUCAUCUCUGAAUGCUCAUCCUUCUGAUUUGGAAGAUGUUCCAGAAGAGGAUGAGGUAACCUACUGGCAUGACAGUCCUGAAGCCAAUGUUCGGACUUCUCCAUCACCUGUACCGACUCACUUGCGCAAACCUUCAUUGCCACCGUCGAUCUUGAAACCCAAGUCUCGCCUGUCGGUGUUUGUCGCAGAUGAACUGUCGAAGAAAUUUGAGUCACUUGGCUCACCUACUCUCCCCCAGUGUCGACUCUUUCAAGAGCCCUCUCCCAGCGGCUCGGAAGAAUUCUCGGGCAAGUCGUCUGUUAAUAUGGACUCCUUUGAAAAUAUUUCCGAAUGUUGGGAUGAUGAUAUCGACUAUUGCUAUGAGCAUGCAGCCGAAGCAGACUGCGAUUUUGACUGGCUUCGCGAAUCUUUUGAAGAGCAAGAGCGUCCGGUCAUCCAGGCCUCCAAAGUCGAGGCAACAGAGAUGAUGAAGAACGAGCAGCCCCGACUUCUGAAUCCGAUUCGUCUGGGGCCGUCAGAUUUGCCCACAUCAGACCUCGACCCCAGCCCAAACUCCGCGCGUUCUCCUCAUACCGUCGAGACCCCAUCCACCGGCGUGGCUUUGGGCAAGCAAAUACCUCAGGAAACCCUGUACGAGGAGUUUUUGGAAGUUGACGGCGCAUCUGAUCGGCACUUUUCCUUCUGCUCCCCAGCCACGUUCCACUCGAUCGAGCAACCUGUUUCGCCUCGGAGUAGUUUUUCUCCAAUCAGCAAGUGCAACUCACAAGAGAGCUUCAUGUUGUCGCGGGCUGCGUCCAUUGUGCGAAAGCACCGUUCCUCAGUGUCUACUACCAGCGUGCCUGAAUUAGUGCAUAGCUCAACUAGUAGCCGAGAGUACAUGAUGCCCGAGUCAAUGAGUUCCUUCGAGCAGCUGAUUCCCCCAACACCUGCCUCUGGCCGUCCCACAUCUAUUCACCGUCAGACCAAGAGUCUGGCGCCAGAUAUUGAAAACCAUAUUAUCUUCCGGAAAGGCAGCAAUGCCAGCUUCGACACCACAGAUAUGGGCUCCUCGACUGCAUCUUUGACUCACGACCGUGUACGAUCGUCAUCGGAGAUUGAAGUGCGAGACCUGCAUUCGGCGAGGCAACCAUCGUCCCUUAAGGGAACAAGCCGCGGAAAAGGCAGAGCGUCGUACUCUCUCUUCCCCACAUCUUGAGCAGCUACCUUGCCGUGGUUGGUGUUGACCGAUCCCAUUCCUGAUCAAGGACAUUCCCACCGUUUUAAUAUUGUAUAUCCAUGCACACUUUGUGCAUCGAUGCAAUCUACAUCCCGGCCU